UUACGACUUACAUCAUCAAGUCGCGCCUCGUGUUUGGCGUAAGCGUGAGAAAGUGAACUCGCCUGGGUUUAAUGGCGCAUCAGAAAUCCUGAGCGGCUGAGAGAUAAAGGAGCUGCUACGUGUUUGCGCGCUUUCUGCCAGUAACCUGCAAUGAGUUUGUUCGGCACAAGCUCCGGCUUUGGGGCCGGGGGAACUGGUGUUUUCGGCAACACCACAACAGAUAGUCAUAACCCAAUGAAGGAUGUUGAGGUUACAUCCCCCCCGGAUGAUAGCAUAAGCUGCUUGGCCUUCAGUCCUCCAACGAUGCCUGGAAACUUUUUGAUCGGAGGUUCUUGGGCUAAUGAUGUGCGAUGCUGGGAGGUGCAGGAUAAUGGCCAGACUGUUCCAAAAGCUCAGCAAAUGCACACAGGCCCUGUUCUGGAUGUUUGCUGGAGUGAUGAUGGAAGUAAGGUCUUCACUGCCUCGUGUGACAAAACUGCCAAGAUGUGGGAUUUGAAUAGCAAUCAGGCCAUGCAGAUAGCACAACAUGAAGGUCCAAUCAGGACAAUCCACUGGAUAAAAGCCCCAAACUACAGCUGUGUGAUGACGGGCAGUUGGGACAAAACACUGAAGUUCUGGGACACACGUUCCCCAAAUCCCAUGAUGUCCUUGCAGAUGCCAGAGAGAUGCUACUGUGCUGAUGUGGUGUAUCCUAUGGCUGUAGUGGCCACUGCAGAGCGUGGCCUAAUCGUAUAUCAGUUGGAGAAUCAGCCAUCUGAGUUCCGGCGUAUAGAUUCACCUUUAAAACAUCAGCACCGUUGUGUGUCCAUCUUCAAGGAUAAACAAAAUAAACCCACAGGCUUUGCCUUGGGAAGCAUUGAAGGCAGAGUGGCCAUACAUUACAUUAACCCACCCAACCCAGCCAAGGAUAACUUUACCUUCAAGUGCCACAGAUCUAAUGGAACCAAUACUACCACGCCCCAGGAUAUUUAUGCUGUCAAUGCUAUUUCCUUCCACCCCGUGCACGGCACUCUGGCUACGGUUGGCUCUGAUGGCCGAUUCAGUUUCUGGGAUAAGGAUGCUCGCACAAAGCUGAAGACCUCUGAGCAGCUUGAUCAGCCAAUCACAGCUUGCUGCUUCAAUCACAAUGGAAACAUCUUUGCCUACAGCUCCAGCUAUGAUUGGUCUAAGGGACAUGAGUACUACAACCCCCAGAAGAAAAAUUACAUCUUCCUGCGGAACGCGGCUGAGGAACUCAAGCCUCGAAACAAGAAAUGAUUCGUCAAGCUGUCACAUCUCGGAAGACCUGCGUUAGUGUGUAAAUAUGGGAGAGAGCGAGAGACCCCUUAUGGCUAACAUCUGGACCAAUGACGUGGCAUUGCAUACUUUUUAUGGACCAAUCAGACGGGGCCAACUACCCCUCUGCAAUGGUGAUGACAGCCAAUGGCUUUUGAUUCAAACGACAGAAGCCACGCUUUAGUGUUUUGGUGUACUUCAUAUUGUUGUUGUUUUUUCCCCCUCUUCUUUUUUUACAUUCAUGACUGCGGCUCUUCGUCUUCUUCUUCUUCUUUUUUUAUAUUGCCUUCCAAAGAUAACAUUUCCACCUCUGCUCUUUUUGUCACAUGUAGAAUCCAUUCUUGAAUAUGUGAAAUCAAUAAAUGAAUGUCUGCAGGACUCUUCCAAUUUUGA